AUGUCCCUCGGGUGUAUAUUCAUUCGGAAACACCGGUAUCAACAAAACGGUUUGUUUUCUCCAACGGAGAACAUUUUCAAAAUGUUAACAGGCUUUUAGAAACUUAACAAGCCUUGUACUUCGUUUACAAGCUCACUGAUAAAAGUUCUCAUGCUGGUCAACCGAAAAAAAUAUAAUUUUUGCUGGAAUUUAUUCAUCAAAUGAGAGUUCUCUUCAGUGCUGCGAUCCGGGUUGAUACCCUCUCAUCAUCCGAAAGGAAUCGACAUGUGCAAAGCGUUGAGAGGCUUCAUGAUCAUGCUGACGAGGAACGGGAAGAUCCUUCACGUUUCUGAGAACGCCAGCGAGUAUUUGGGCCAUUCUGUGGUAACCUUUUCUUUUUUUGUACCGAAAAAGUUUUCUAAUUACAAGAAAAAAAAAGAAAACUGAAGGAAAAAUUAUGAACCUCUGAAGAAUUAGCUCAUAAAGCGAGACAAGUGAUGUUUACUUGAAGCUUUUAGCGCCCUAUUGCGCGAUUUAUCAUGAUAAAAUCGCUCUAAGGAGGAUACAAUUGAAAUCUCAUUUUGAGGCAUCGGCAUCAUUCAUAUUUUUUUAGGAAGAAAUCAUGUGCCAAGGCGAUUCGAUCUACGACUUGGUCGACGUGAGAGACCACGCUGCCGUACAAGCCGAAAUGUCGAACGGCCCUCCCCCAAGUGCCUCGUUUCCAGAAGAACGCGUUUUCAUUUGCCGCCUGAACCUGGCAAGAACUGCAAAACGCCAACUUCAAUACCAUAAAGUUGCUCAAAAAAGUUGUAUCUAUAAGAAUUGCAUUUUUCAGUUCAUCUUACUGCAAGGAAGGUACAUCCAUCCGGCCGAAUAUUACCAGAACGCGCCGACCGGCAGCGCUCCCGAAAUAUCCCAGCCGGUGUUCGCCUCCUAUUGCCAGCCUCUGAUCAACCCGGAGAACGCCGAGUCCAUGUCCACUGGAAACACCAACGUUUUCUGCACACAGCAUUACCUUGACAUGAAGUUCAAAGACGUUGAUUCCAUGUUAGUAGGGCUUUUUUUUGUUGCUGUUUAUCGCUUUUUCUAUGUUAAAAAGACUCAGUUUUUCUUGAACUGAAAAGCCAUAGUCAAUGGUCGCACUUGGAAUGCUCGAAGCAUGACGGAUGCGAAGCGGUUUUUUUCAAGAACCUUCGGAAAGAUUUAAGCAUAGAAAUCAGAAAAAAAGUGAGAAAAAAAUAUUUUUAAAAUAAUCGACUUUUUUUCAGUUGAAUAAAGCCUUUUGACCCAAUUGAUUCUAGUAGGCGUAGAAUCUGCUAGUAUAAGAUUAGAAGAGUUUUCCGAAAGCGGGUAAUAUAAUUUUUCAUGUUUUGACUAUAAAGCUGAUUCAACCGCUAGUGGACUCACACCAGCGAUCUUCUUCACCUUAGAAAUAGUCAUAUCUCUGUAGCUAUGCUGUUUUUAAUACGCCUAUCUUUUUUCAUUCCAAGCUUUUUAGGAGCUGUCAUCAUCUUGGCUUCAAACCGGAGGAUCUAAUCGGAAAAUCUUGGUACCAAAUGCUUCACCCGAAUAAUGUCCCCGAAGUCGCCUACAAACAUCGUUUAUGUUGGUGUUUCCUGACCUUUCUACAACUUCAUAAAGAUUUUCAGUGUGCCAAGAUAAGGAAGGAUCAGUUUUGUCGCUUAUCCGGAUGCAAACCGCCGCCGGCAACUGGAUCUGGCUUCACACGGUUUUCACGAUUCGAGGCAAUUUCGGACAUGAAGUCAAUAACGAGGGACGGCGAGUUCGCCACUUGAUCUACAGCUUCCAUCAAGUCUUGAGGUUGGUUUGAAGCUAAGUUUUGGUAUAAAUAAUAUUUGAACUAUUGUUUCAUGAUUUGAUAGAAUUUUAUUGUAAUUAAAUCACUAAGAUGUGCCUGGAACCUUGAAAAAAACAUUCCUCCAAAACUGUGGAUGUUUUCUAAAACGUUAACCUUGUCUAGUUCAUACCAAUUCAUUACUCGUUCAGUGACCUCGAAGCAGCUACACUGCAAGCCAAUUCCUGGAUCUACAGUAUGAGGCACACUUAUCCGGCCGUUUUCGCCUGCCAGGAUUCGCCCAACACUGACGAUCGGCCUCUGAGUCCAGCUAGUCCCUUCAAUCCGGAGUACACCCAGAAUUGCGAUCCAUUCUCGAUGGUCAAGCAGGAACAGUUUCUGGCUUCUCUUGUACCUCAUCACUUCCCAAUGUCUUGCGAGCAGGUCCGCCAACCUCAAAUUCUGAAGCAAGAACUGUUGGAUUCAGAUCAAAGUCGACAUCGCGAUGAAGCAGAUCCCUCGGCAUCUAUCCAUGUUCACGCCGGAGUCCUCUUCUCCAGAAUCGUCCUCCUCCUUGCACUCGAUGCUGUUCAACAACGGAUCCUUCCACAAUGGAUCCGUUUCUGAAACGAGUUCUUUGUUCGAUGAGAUCCUCCCUGUGACGACGUCGAAGACGGCUCUGCCAGAACUGAGGGAUGAGAUCGACGAAUUCCUGCGGCAGGUGCGAAAUGGCAGUCUUUAAAGGAUCAUAGACAGAUACUUAUGUGACCUCAAAGCCGCUCUGAAAUCCCCAGCAAUAAGUUUUAAACAAUGUGUGAAAAGGUUAAGAGAAUUUGAAUAACCCAAUAUUUUCCGAGUGAAAAAACGAGUAUCCAACAAAGGAAAAAAAGCAAGGUAUUCUUCGCGACUUGAAUAGCUUUAAGUAGGGACCGCAGACGAAUUUUCAAAAAAUUUUUCGAACUUCAAUAUUACUAUGGUUGGAUAGCUGCUCUAAUUUACUAUUCAAAAACAGUUCAGUUUUUUUCGAAAAAAAGGUUGAGAAAAAAAGUUAUGGUCAAAAACAGUAGUGAAAAAAAAGUCGCGAAAUUUAGUACUGAAAGUUUAGAUUUUUACACUUUUUGGUGGUUCAUUUUGUUUUUCAUAUCGGAUUUAAAUUUUUUUAGUAGUUUAGUUUGGUUUUUCAAAGUCGUAAUAAGUCAUUAAAACAGUAUAAAACCACAAGUUUGAAAAGAAAAGCUAUUUUUUCUUGAAAAAUAAAAAAAAUGGCCGCUGCGAGGAUUGAACUCGCGAUAUCAAAACUGUAUGCAGGCGCACUUGCGCUGCUCCACGGACAUCUCUCGGAGAUGGGAGGCGUUCGCGCUAUACACCACUUCACCUCAAAGUACAGCAUUUAUCGACAAUCUUGUCCAAAAAAAAGUUAUGAUAGUUGAACAAUUAUUAGUCACGUGUGUUCGGAGCACCUAAAAAUAAUUUAUUCAUAGAGAUUCAGUUCAAAAUGCUUCCGUUUUCGGUGUUUUUUUCUUAUUUUAACGUUGGCUUCAAACUAACACUGAUUAAACUUUUAGGCACCGCUAAAAUUUUUAUUUUAUUUUUUUAAUUGAUUGAAAAUUGAAAUACGCUAAUAUUUAAGAAAUAAAAAAAGGCGCCAACGACAUCUGACCAUGUUAAAAUGAAUUUCGAAAUUUUCACUGUCUUUUUUUUCUCAGAAAACAAAGUUUUCGGAAUAAGUUUUAUAUUAAUAAAAUUUUAGUUACAAUUUAAUCCACAAGUUAAAAUAAAAAUUGUUUACUUACACGCUCUCGAAAGCGAGUACAACAUUUUCAACUUUGCGCGGCCUCACGAAGAUUAGGCACCGUAAAAAUUUUAAUUUUUUUGUCUUAAAAGAUUUGUUUUUCACUUAAGAAUCGAAUUCGAAAAUAAAAAAAGGCGCCAACGACAUGGAACUAGGUUAAAAACCCGAAGAAAAAAAGUAGUUUUGGUUUUUUGUACGACGCUCCGCUAAAACGCUUUGAAAAUCGGAUGAAAAGUAUAUGAGAUUGAAGAGGAAGGUUUUCUCUAUGUUUCCACCAAAUUUCUCUGUGUUUGAUUCAGUAUUGCGCUUUUACGAAAACAUCAAACACGAAAUCUAAAAAACCAGUGCAUUUCACCAUCGCAAAAAGGGGCGUGGCUCUGCGGUCUCUAGCUUUAAGACCGCUUUUUGAAGAUUUUCGCCCAGUUCUUCUCAUGAGAUUUUAAAAAAAAAGAAGUUUUUUUCGCUCGUUUUGUAUAGCACCUUCCAAGUGUUAGAAAUUUAGGUUGAACAAGCCGACGAAGCGACCUCGUCAAACUUCCCAACUCCGGCGCAAGCCAUGCCCAUGGUGCCCAUGACGCCAAUGACGCCGAUGACGCCGAUGACGCCUCACCAAGUUCAUCCACAACACGCCGAACUCUUCAAAUAUCUCGGACCGGCUCUCUUUUCCUCUUCUCACCCUGCCUUUGAAAUGGGACCGCCGUCGUGUCCGCCAAUGAUGCCUGACCCGCAUUUCCACAUGCCUCAUCCUAUGGAUUCAUACUAUUCCAGGAAACGUAGUUGGGCUGUAUAG